AUGGAGUUGCCAACGCACCAGCCGCUCCUCGCUGAGGACACCGAUGAGGAUCUCUCGGAUGAGCAAAUACGGGAGCUGCUUAAUGAAGCUGCUGUCCGCAUGCGCGCAAAGGCAGCCACUGCGCCGCCCGCGAGCAAGUCGGAUGCUCCGUUCAGGCUGCCCAAGCUGCUGCCCGGCCAUAUUGCCGAUACUUACGAGAAGACUGACGGCAACAUCACGCGCCUAGAUCACUCCAAGCUCGUCGACAAGAAGCAACAGGCUUUGGCUAACGGCAUCAAAAAGAUUGAGGAUCCGCUCCAGAUCAAGAAGCAGAAGCAAGAGGAGAAGAAGGCCACGGCUGGUUCACAAUGGUUCAAUUUGCCCAAGACCGAUCUUACCCCAGAACUGCGCCGAGACCUGCAGCUGCUCAAGAUGAGGAACGUACUUGAUCCGAAGCGUCACUACAAGAAGGACAACAAAAAGAACGACGUUCCCGCAUUCUCACAAGUCGGUACUAUCAUCGAAGGCGCCACCGAGUUCUACAGCAGCCGUCUGAAGAACAAGGAGCGCAAGCAGACCAUGUUGGAGGAGGUCAUCGCCCAGGAACAGGACACUGGCCGUUUCAAGCGGAAGUACGAGGAUAUACAGACAUCCAAGGCGAGUGGCAAGAAGGCUCACUACAAGGCCAUGAUGGCAAAGCGAAACAAAGGCAAGGUCGUCAAGCCUUGA